ACAGUUCCAGUUUCCUCCUAAUACUGUCCUAGUGAGUGCUGUGUAUGCAGUAUCACUCUCAAAGCCUCUCCUCAAACGACUCAAGUUAGAGAUACAGCACUGCGUUGAUUUAGCAGGACGACCAGAUCUUGUACAAUACUUAAAGUUUGCUAUAGCUCCCGUGAGCACACCCAGUCUUCCUUAUCAGUUCUCAAUAAUUGAGGGAGGAGAGUUUAGCUCUAAUAGUGGGUAUGGAUCCAUUCAACGUAACAAGUUCUGUUUGGUUUGUAUACUGGGGAAAGAAUGGACUAAUGGAGACACAGAGGAAGAGGCUGAGGAACAGCAACUACAACAAGAGGAGAAUGAGGAGGAGGAGGGAGACAAAGAGGAAGGAGAGUGUAGUGAUAGUGAUGAUGAUGAUACCAGCAGUACUCCACCAGGGGCUAGUGGAGCAUGUAAAGAGUCUACUACUAAAGAGAUUAACCUCCCAACCAAUACAGUGUCUGUUGCUGGUCCUACUACUACUACACCAAACACUGAUCAUGUUAACAAAGUGCUGUCCACUGGUGUAAAGAAGGCUGUGACAUAUGCUGGUCUGGUUUAUUAAGAGGAAGAUGGCAUAGAGGAUCUGGUGACAUUCACUGCAGCUAAG